UGGCUGGCUGAACGACCCGGACUGUGCCGUCAUGUGGAGAGACAGUGGCUGGCGGUGGGACGACAUUACCUGCUAUUACUAUGGCUGGCAUUAUAACUUCAUUUGCAUGUACAAUAUGACAUCGGAACCAAGUUCCUUUCCAACAUCAACAACGCCAGUGGCCUCAACUGUACCCAAACUAACAGGGAAACCAGGAGAUGACAAAACCACCCUGAGUACGACCACCAAGGCUGGAAGUGAUGGGAGAGGUGAGGGUUAA